GUCGGGCCGGAAGCGCCACCGGCGGGUGGGCCGGACCGCGGGGGGGUGCCCCCCGCUCCGCCCCGCCCCGCCCCGCUCCGCCCCGCCCCGCUCCGCCGGCCGGGCACGCCGCGGCCCCGGUACCGGCCCCGGGAAGAUGUUGCCCCUCUCCAUCAAGGACGAUGAGUACAAGCCGCCCAAACUCAACCUGCUCAGGAAGGUGUCGGGCUGGUUCAGGUCCAUCCUGGCGGACAAGACCUCCCGCAACCUCUUCUUCUUCCUCUGCCUCAACCUCUCCUUCGCCUUCGUGGAGCUGCUCUACGGCAUCUGGAGUAACAGUUUAGGUCUAAUAUCAGAUUCUUUUCAUAUGUUUUUUGACUGCACCGCUCUAUUGGCUGGAUUGGCAGCUUCAGUUAUUUCAAAAUGGAGGUCUAACGAUGCUUUCUCAUAUGGGUAUGUUCGAGCAGAAGUACUUGCUGGUUUUGUAAAUGGUUUAUUCCUCAUCUUUACAGCAUUCUUCAUUUUUUCUGAAGGUGUUGAGAGAGCACUUGAGCCUCCUGACGUGCACCAUGAGAGACUUCUUCCUGUUUCGAUACUAGGAUUCAUUGUAAAUCUUAUAGGAAUAUUUGUUUUUCAACAUGGAGGUCAUGGACAUUCUCAUGGCUCUGGGCAUGAACACAGCCAUUCUCUGUUUAAUGGUGGUCUCAGCCAUGGACAUAGUCAUGGAGGUCAUGGCCACAGCCAUGAACACAAACACGCCCAUGGACACACUCAUGAUCAUGGCCACAGCCAUGGACACUCUCAUGGUCAGGGUUAUUGUCAUGAUGACCAUUCUCUUGAAGGGAUGGCUGGAUCCAGCAAGCAGAUUUUACAAGGUGUAUUUCUACACAUUGUUGCAGACACCCUCGGAAGUAUUGGUGUAAUCGUAUCUGCUAUAUUGAUGCAGAACUAUGGUCUAAUGAUAGCAGAUCCUAUUUGUUCAAUGCUGAUAGCACUACUUAUAGGUGUAAGUAUUGUUCCACUUUUAAAAGAAUCCAUUGGAAUUUUGAUGCAGCGAACUCCUCCUUCCCUGGAAAAUGCCCUGCCCCAGUGCUACCAGAGGGUGCAGCAGUUGCAAGGAGUUUACAGUUUACAUGACCCACACUUCUGGACCCUCUGUACCGAUGUUUACAUAGGAACUUUGAAAUUAUUAGUAGCUCCUGAUGCUGACGGAAGGUGGAUUCUAAGCCAGACUCACAAUAUUUUUACUCAGGCAGGAGUAAGGCAGCUUUACAUACAGAUCGAUGUCGCAGCCAUGUAGUGAAUUUCUGAAAUUGUGCUGUUGGACCAAAGUCUUCUGUACUGUAAUGGUAUAACAACGUACGUCUCAAGACAGAGCCUGCCUCCACCACUGUUCUGGAAUUGAGUGACUAGAUUUCUGCCCUUGGGCUAUGGAUGGAGUUCGCUUCUAAGGAGUAAAUAUUGAAUGAAUGUUAUGGACUUUGGGUCUUGUCUUUCUGUGGCCCCUAAACUCGUAAGUUUUUGAGGGUUUUUUACUUACUAAGAUUGUGGUACUGGAAACCCUGUCAUGUCUUCAGUAAAGCUGCUGAAACCACUGCUCAUUCCCAUAAAACCAGUGUUAUCAACGAUUGGAAACUUGUUUUGUAGAUGAUGUCACAACGGCUGACAUGCUUCAAUAUAAUUGUAUGUUUGUACAAUUGUUUGUACUUUGCAAACUUAAUGAACCAAACCAUAUUGGGUUUUCAAAGUGCCUUUUAUAUCGGGGGGGUAUUUGCCAGCAUAAAUAUGGAGCAUCAAAGGGUUUUAUUACUUUUACAAAUAUCUUGUAUGCAGCCUGAUUAUUUACUAGUGCUGUAUGUGGGGGGGUUGUGUACUUGCGUAACUGUAGAUGUUAGACUUCCCUUGUCCUUGCAUCUUAGCGGACAGACAGAAAAAUUCUAAAUGUAGAAGGCAGAGCUGUUGUGAAGAGACUUGCUUCCAAAACAAGCGAGAUAUUUUGGGGCGCAUAUCUUCUGGAAAUUAUUUUAGUCAAAAUAUUAGCUUUAACUCCAGUCCUCUGUCUCCACAUACCGUUGAGAGUAAUGAGACAUUACGUGAUGCUACUCGUGUUCAUAGCCACUGAAACAACGGGCAGCUGAGGGAAGAUGCUGGUGAUGGAAGCAAUGCUUGACGUUUUUUUAUCUUCCGAAUUAUGUGGCGGGAAAAAUCAAAUCCCUAAAUUGUUUGUGAAAGCUUAAAUCUCCUUGAUUUUAAUAGGUUGUAAUAAUUUUUAUUAAAGUGAUUGGUGAGAUAACUUUUUGCUUUUUCCAAAUACUGAAAAUAGUUGUUCCUGGUGGUUAUACCUGCAGUGGAAAUAAGGACCACGAUUCGUGCUGUUCAAGAUUAUGCUUUUUCCAGGUUGGCGAGUCUGAUAUAUCUGACUAGCUUACUGUAGCCUUCUGUGUUUGCAUGGGGGGAAAAAUUCCUCUGUGCAGUUAAGUUUUUUUUUUCCAGAAACAUUAGUCUGUCAUGUUUUUGUAGCAUUUAUAAUCAUUUUACACUUUCGGAUCUGAGCGUUGUUUUCAAGGACAAUCUGCUAUACUGGGUAUUACAGAUGGUAACUCCACUGUGCUGUAGGAGUUAACUUGGAAACGGAAGUUUUUAAUAAGAGGACAUUUUACAAACAUUGUGAAGUAAAAAAUAAGACAGGCAUUUUUCUGCUAAAUCAUAGCCGCUGCUGACCAGUAUGGAUUUUAAGCGUUCUUCUGAUACCUGAUCAUGGCAAUACUGAAAUCAAGGCCCUCUGAGGCUGACAGUCGCUGUGUCAGAGCUAGGAACUGUGAAAGUACCGAGGACUGACUGGCAGAAAUGGUUUCUUUGCCACUGGUGUUGUUGAAUUUAUGAUAAAGAUGAAGAGUUUCUUGCAUUUGUUCUGUUGUUCCUAUACUGCUCUUGAAUUCUGAUCUCUUUUCAUGUGAAAACACGAUAGUUGCCAAAUUGAUAGGUGGUUCCUGAGUAUUCCAGAUGAGAUACUGAAACAUGAAUGUUGAUUUUGUACAAAGCUGGGGGGGGCUGUACUUGUGGGCUCGGAACUGAAAACUGGGUGUAAAGAAAAACAGCAGUAAAAAGCCUCAUACAUAUCCCUUUUAAGCUUUGCAGUCUCUUCCAGUCUUCAGGUCCUUCUUUAUCCCCGUUGCUGGUUUCUGAUCCCGUUGGCUUCUCCCGGGGAUGCCGGCGCAGAGUGCCCUUUCAUAGAAUCCCAGACGGUUUGGGUUGGGAGGGACCUUUAGAGCCCAUCCAGUCCCACCCCCUGCAGCGAGCAGGGACAUCUUCAACCAGAGCAGGUCGCUCAGAGCCCCGUCCAGCCUCACCUGGAGUGUGUCCAGGGAUGGGGCAUCGACCACCUCUCGGGGCAGCCUGGGCCAGGGUUUCACUGCCCUCAUUGUAAAAUAUUUUUUCCUUAUACCCAGUCUAAAUCUCCCCUCCUUUAGUUUAAAGCCACCACCCCUUGUCCUGUCACAGCAGCCCUUGCUAAAGAGGUUGUCCCCAUCCUUCCUGUAGCCUCCCUUUAAGCACUGGGAGGCCGCAAUAAGAUCUCCCCGCAGCUUCUCUUCCCCAGGCUGAACAACCCCAGCUCUCCCAGCCCGGCCUCGCAGCAGAGGGGCUCCAGCCCUCGGAGCAUUUCUGUGCCCCCUCUGGCCCCGCUCCAGCAGCCCCGUGUCUGUCCCGUGCUGAGGAGCCCAGGGCUGGAGGCGGCGCUGCAGGGGGGUCUCACAGAGCGGGGCAGAGGGGCAGCACCCCCUCCCUCGCCCUGCUGCCCGCGCUGCUGGGGAUGCAGCCCGGGGCACGGCUGGGGGUCUGGGCUGGAGCUGGCUGCGCCGUCCCAGCGCUCGCUCUCCCCCCGGCCUCCCGCCUGGUGCUCUGCCCGGCCUGGCCCCUGACUGGAGGAUGGGAUCCGAACGUUGCGUGGAGCAGGGUGGGGUGCAAGAAUCUGUUGAGCAGGUUUGAGUAUUGCAGUUUAAGAUACCAUUUGCGGAUAUAUUCACGGAAAAGGUAAUUAAAAGAGAGUUGUGAGGAUAGGGUAGAGAUCCCUCAUACUGUUCUGUAUUAUGUUGCAUAUAGACUGCUUUUUGUUGGCUGACAGCAUCAUUUCUUGAUUUAUUUUUUGUUUUAACAGUUAAUACUACUAUUUGAGGCUAGAGAAGAUCAGCCGAUGUCACUUUAAAGGCAAGCACCAGCCAACCCCAUUGCAGUUGCGUCAUGAUCCACGAGCAGGCUUUGGUUUAUAGCAUUUUUACACUAGCACGUUUCGGGACUGAGUAUUCCUGGACGUGCCGAAAUACCGUAGUGCUGCCCAAGGUGCUGGGCGUGGCCGCUGUUCUAGUUUUCUUAAUGAAAAGACAACGGCUACAAUUUUUUUUGCAAGUGCGAAUCUGCCUGAGUGGCAGAUGGGUCUGUUGUUUGGUUUUGUGUUUGGUUUUUUUUUUAAGAUGUACAUCUACAAACUUAUUGAAGUAUGAGAAGUGAAGUGGAGUGAAAAAGCCUACAAGCUGGUUAUAAUUACACGAUACUGAUUUUAUUAAUUUUUUGACAUCUUUUUGGUGCUUAUGAGGACUUACCUGACUGUUGGCAGCCUAUGUACAAGUCAGAGUUUUCUAACCAAGGCGGCACUUUCUUCAUUAAGGACACCUCGAUGUUUUUAUGAUAAGAAAUGUAUCAUUUGUUAAAUAUAAUUGAGGAUAGGGUAGGGAAGUCAGAUUCAAAGUAGACUUCAAGCCUUUUUAACCUUUCUGAAAAACAGUAAGCAUCACAAAAUUCUACAAGACGGUAGAUGACAUGUCCGGUGGGUAACUCCAGCCACAUCCAGUAUGUCAGUGAACAGGGCGACAUCCGAGUGGGGUUUUUUCACUUACUAAGAGGAUACUUGCUCGGGUUUGAGGAGUACAGAUCAUGCCACUGAAAGUGCAGCUUUUCUUAUCCUGGGAGUGAAACCCUGUUAUUUUGCAUUUUGCUAAUUACCUAACACUAACCUCAUUACAUAACACUUUGCUUUUAACGCUUUAUUGGAGGCGCAUCGUGUCAUUUAAACAAAGAUCCGUGUGAAUGACUGCCAUCCAGAGAUGGAGGAAUGGCUGCAGAUCACCUGCUAACACUCAGCUUCCUGGUAUCCAGUACUGAAUUUUGAACCAAGCAUUCAAAGGACGAUUUUCUCAUGUUUUCGGGUAGCUGAAGCUUGCUGUGGGGUUACUGCUCUGUCUUUGUGAGGUUUUUAAUGUCACUGAAAACAGUUAACUUAACAACUGUAUUGUCCCAAAGACCAAGUCUGCAAACUGCAUGGUUUUUACAGGACCAACAGCAAAAUAAGAUAAAACAAGUGCUACAGCGUGGCUGCAUUAAAAUGCCCCAAACGUUUGUCCUGGUAAAUGACAGUGGAAGGAAACUGCUCUGAAGUGUAUGCACGGUGAAGCCUGGUCCGUCGUAGGCCACUCCUGUAAGCCUGCACGCAGGGCUCGACUCCUUCCCCGCAGAGCGCCAGGUUACUUGUGCGUUGCUAAACCGAGGCAAAAAGUGCCAGUCCAGACAAAUGACUCUGCUUUUUAUGUAAUACUGCUUACUAAAACGAAAGUUUAAUUGCAUCAUUAGUAAGAGCUGCUGACACUACUACUGCUACAUAAAAAUUAAAACUAAUAAAAUGGACCGUAGUGACUCUUAACAUUCUUAAUUUUUUCUCUGAAGAAGAAAAGGCGGGUUUAAAGGUGAGGGAAGGAAAGGGUGUCUCUUUCUAACUGCUCUAAGUGAACCUGUGUUGGCAAUGUAACAAGGUACAAGAGGGGAGAGGAGCGGCUGCUGAGGUGCAGUUUUCCGCUGCAAUCACGUUGUGAAGUUCCCCGCUUUUCUCUCUCGGUGCAGAUUCCAGCUGCAGGAACCUUCCUGCUUCUGUAAAAUCCAAAUCCCAAUCAAUACUCAUGUAACAAGAUUGUUAAAUACCGGUUCAGAGCUACAGCUUUAGGUACUCAUUAAGCCCUGUCCCGUUCUCCCCAGCAGCCAUCGGACUGCCACUUGCCCCACAUUACCUCCCCCCCCUUUUAAGCAUGCUCGGGAACCAGUUUCUUCCUUCUUUCUUUCUAAUCCAUGUCUCUAAUCCCAAAUACUGACUCAGCGGUUGAUUCCCUCCUUUACACUUCUAUGAGAAGGCCUGCCUGCGCCUUGCCGGGAUGCCCUCGUGGAUUCCUCCCCCGCUGGGGCGCUGCUGCGGGGACCAUCCCCGUUGGGACUUCAGCGGCCAGAGACUGCUAUAACGUGAAAAGACGCCAGUUACGCUUGUGCUGUGCCCGGCGCGUGGAGGCUCCGUGCCUCGCUCUGUGCAACGCUGGUUAGUCGACUUGGCCGUCUCGGUGAGCCACAGAACGUUCCCGCCUAUGUGGUAAUUUGGGGAAAAUAAUGUGUAAAAGGAGUUGUGUAUUUCACGUCCCAUGUGCACUGAAGUCUUUCACGUGUACGCUGGGACCUUGUACAAGAGUUAAUUGAAUCGCUGCGGUAUUUUGGCUGAAUUGUGAAAUAUUGUGAAUGAAGAAAUUGCCAAAACCAUUUCUGGUAGCAUUCGGCAUAUUGCUUGCCUUUACCUUUAAAUUACAGGAAUUGCUCAUGCAGUGAGCUGAAGUUGACUAGUACAGGAUAUUGAAACACCUGUACAGAAAUCCUCGUGGUAGCACAAGGCAGCUCACUAAAAUUCUGAAGACUAUGUGUGAUUUUGUUCUGGAAUGCUAUCGUUAGUAGCUUAGCCAUGACUUGUCCCAAGUGCAAUAUUAGAAAUUUUUAAUGUAAUCUUUUUCUACUUGAAUACGGUCUAUAUAAAAUGUUAAAUAUCCUAUAUUGCUGAAAAGAUAGGGGAUCAAAUUCCUUUCCAAUAAAUCUUCAGUUUAAAAA